AGCGCAAGGCGCAGAACAUUGGCUACCGGCUUGGGCACCGCCGGGCACUAUUCGAGAAGAGGAAGCGCCUCAGCGACUACGCGCUCAUUUUUGGCAUGUUUGGCAUUGUCGUCAUGGUCAUUGAGACCGAGCUCUCCUGGGGGCUCUACUCCAAGGACUCCAUGUUCUCCUUGGCCCUGAAAUGCCUUAUAAGCCUCUCCACUGUCAUCCUGCUGGGCCUCAUCAUCGCCUAUCACACACGGGAGGUGCAGCUCUUUGUGAUCGACAAUGGAGCUGACGACUGGCGGAUAGCGAUGACGUAUGAGCGCAUCCUCUACAUCAGUCUGGAGAUGCUGGUUUGUGCCAUACACCCCAUUCCUGGGGAGUACAAAUUUUUCUGGACAGCUCGCCUGGCUUUCUCCUACACACCUUCUCGGGCAGAAGCUGAUGUGGACAUCAUCCUGUCUAUCCCCAUGUUCCUGCGCCUCUACCUGAUUGCUCGGGUGAUGCUGCUGCACAGCAAGCUCUUCACUGAUGCCUCCUCACGCAGCAUUGGGGCACUCAACAAGAUUAACUUCAACACCCGCUUCGUCAUGAAGACACUCAUGACCAUCUGCCCUGGGACAGUGCUGCUGGUCUUCAGCAUUUCCCUCUGGAUCAUUGCUGCAUGGACAGUCCGUGUGUGCGAGAGGUACCAUGACCAGCAGGAUGUAACCAGCAACUUCCUGGGUGCCAUGUGGCUCAUCUCCAUCACCUUCCUCUCCAUCGGCUAUGGUGACAUGGUCCCACACACCUACUGUGGGAAGGGAGUCUGCCUGCUCACUGGCAUCAUGGGUGCUGGAUGUACAGCACUGGUGGUGGCUGUGGUGGCCAGGAAGUUGGAGCUCACCAAAGCUGAGAAGCAUGUCCACAACUUCAUGAUGGACACACAACUGACAAAGCGGAUUAAGAACGCAGCAGCCAAUGUCCUGCGGGAAACAUGGCUUAUCUACAAGCACACCAAGCUGCUGAAGAAGAUCGACCAUGCUAAAGUCAGAAAGCACCAGAGGAAGUUCCUACAAGCCAUCCACCAGUUACGGAGCGUGAAGAUGGAGCAGAGGAAGCUGAGUGACCAAGCCAACACCCUUGUUGACCUCUCAAAGAUGCAGAAUGUGAUGUACGACCUCAUCACAGAGCUAAAUGACCGCAGUGAGGACCUGGAAAAGCAGAUCAGUGGCCUGGAAUCUAAGCUGGAGCAGCUCAGUGCCAGCUUCAACUCCCUGCCCCUGCUGAUGGCUGACAUGCUGCGCCAGCAGCAGCAGCGCCUGCUCACCGCUGUCCUGGAGGCCCGGGGGGUUGGUGUGCCAGUGAGCACCCCCCAAACACCUCUCUCUGAGAGCCCCAUUGGGGUCAGCUCCACCUCCUUCCCCACCCCUUACACGAGCUCAAGCAGCUGCUAAAAUGCAGUCCCUCAGCCCCACCGUGGACAGGGGAAGCAUUUCCACACAGAUCAUGAGGUCUCUGUGAACUUUCUUCUGGUCCUUGAACCACUGCAGGACCCUUCAGCUGGAGCCAAUGGGACCAGCAGUGCCGAGCAAUGCUCGGAGCUUUGCCAACGCCUUGGUAUCGGGAAUUGCAUCCCUUUUCAGGUGCCUCAACACGUGGUGAAGGAAGGGGACAGAAGGUGAUGCCUUGGGCCAGCCUUUGCCAUGGCGUCCAGUGGCAGACGGAAAACCCACGCUCAAUCUCAGGUCUUCACAUUUGAAAACAAAACAAAACAAAACACCAAGUCAGAAGCACUGAAGCAACGGAGACACCGGAGGGAGAGUUCUUCUCCCUGGGGCACUCCCCUUGCCCCCUGCCCCUCUCAUGAUUGCCAACCUCACCAGGCAGAUGCCAAUGUGGGGGGCUCGUUAUGCAGGCUCUGGCUGACGCUGCCUAUGCUCCAUCCAUCUCCUUGCCAGGACUCACAGGACAGCCCCCUCACAUUGACAGCUGGGUGACAAUAUCUGGCUGUAACCUUCCUGGAGAGUUCUCUGGAGCUGUGAGUGUUUUCUACCCAGAGAAUAACAAUGGACACUUUGUCUUUCUGGU